AAUAUUCAGUCUUAAACGGCAUCGCUUUCACAGAGAGAGAGAGAGAGAGAGAGCGCGAGAAACGUAGGAGAGAGAUGACGGCGUUGAUGAAGUCGGUCGGUGUCCGAGCUAUGAAAUUGUUGUCGUCGGCGGUGAAUUUCAGGUUGAACCAAUGCGGCGAAACACCAAUACGUUCUUUGAGAUCCUUCUCGACGCUUAGGUCGCCACCGUCAAAGGCCAUCGUGUACGAGCAGCAUGGCUCUCCCGAUUCUGUCACCAGAUUGGUGAAUCUCCCGCCGGUGGAAGUGAGAGACAACGAUGUAUGCGUCAAAAUGAUCGCCGCGCCGAUCAAUCCCUCCGAUAUCAACCGAAUUGAAGGUGUGUACCCGGUUAGGCCACCUGUACCAGCGAUUGGUGGUUAUGAAGGUGUUGGUGAAGUCUAUGCAGUUGGCUCCAAGGUCAAUGCUCUUUCUCCUGGCGAUUGGGUUAUUCCAUCUCCACCUUCGUCAGGGACUUGGCAGACGUUUGUUGUCAAGGAGGAGAGUGUGUGGCACAAAAUCGACAAAUCUUGUCCAAUGGAGUACGCGGCUACCAUUACUGUUAAUCCUUUGACGGCUUUAAGAAUGCUUGAAGAUUUUGUGUCCCUAGCUUCCGCAGGAGAUUCUUUGGUACAGAAUGGUGCAACAAGUAUCGUGGGUCAAUGUGUAAUCCAGUUAGCUAGGCUCCGUGGCAUCAGUACCAUCAAUAUCAUCCGUGAUAGAGCCGGGUCGGAUGAAGCAAGAGAAAAUCUGAAAGCUCUAGGUGCAGACCAAGUAUUUUCAGAGAGUCAGCUGAAUGUUAAGAACGUGAAAAGUCUUUUGGGGGAGUUACCUGAACCAGCUCUGGGAUUCAACUGUGUUGGUGGCAAUGCUGCCUCUCUCGUGCUCAAGUUUCUGAGGGAAGGAGGAACCAUGGUAACAUAUGGUGGGAUGUCUAAGAAGCCAAUCACUGUUUCAACAACAUCUUUCAUCUUUAAGGAUUUGGAGUUGAAAGGGUUUUGGCUACAGAACUGGUUGAGUUUGGGUAAAGUGAGAGAAUGCAGGGAGAUGAUAGACUAUCUCCUCGGGCUUGCGCGGGACGGAAAGCUAAAAUACGAAACGGAACUGGUUCCUUUCGACGAGUUCCCUGUUGCUCUCGAUAAAGCGCUGGGGAAGGUAGGUAGGCAACCCAAACAAGUAAUCACAUUCUGAAGCUUCCUUCCUGUGAGCCAUUCAAGAAGUGUUGCCACUGUGUUAGUGUGUUAUGUAUGAACGUAUUAGUAAUCUGAUGAUGCAAAUGUACUGUAAACGCCGGAAAAUCGGACUGACAUAAACGAUAAAAUAAAAGCGAUGUUAAGGAAA